UUAUGAUGCUCAAGAGUCAGUCCAAUUGUGAGCGAGGUACGCAUGCCAAGCGUUCAAAGAGAGGGUUCUCUCCUCGGCAGAAGCACUUCGAAUCGCAGGAGGAUGGUGUCGGACUUUUUCUCGAUAUCCAAGAUGGCGGAUUCAAUCUUACGGUGGACAACAGCGACACAGACUCCAUAACGAGCGAUCAACUCGAAGAGUUUGAGGCAUACUACGAUAUUGGUGCGUACUACGACAGAGAUGAGGAAUUGGGUGAUGCAAAGGAUUAUGCGCCCCUCUUAUUCCCGACCGAGUCGCAGGCAAUGCAGAAGACCUGUAGGGAACUACCCCAAGCAUCCCAUGCAGCUCCUAUCGCGCAGCACAUUCCAAAGAAGACGACUGAGAGAAUGCCCCAGUUUUCAACAUUCAAGCUGGAACACCCAUUCAACGUGUCUUGCUAUGCCUUUCGUUAUGAUAUCGUCUGGGUUGACAUUUAUUAUCAGUCACUGAGCCCCCGUAAAGCGUUGGCGAAAAACAACGGUUCUGGAGCGCCAACGCCUCAGACCGAGCCCGGUCAUCACCAAACCUCCAAGCGCAAGGACGGCAGGAAACCGCAUCGGGGCAUCCAUGGGCUGAAUAUCCCCAACUUCUUGUCUAUUGAUGCUGCCGAAGUCUUCCUUACUCGACGAUGGGACGCACUCUCCUCCCAGAUAUUGCACAUAAAGUAUAUCAUCAGGAACGGCUCCGAAAACGUUACUAGGUUGCUCCGGGUGUUAAAGAAGAAGGGGAAUCAAUUAUACUCAUUGUCGUUAAAGUAUGAGCAGGCAAUAUUCAGACAACGCCACGUCGAAGCUCUUUAUGUCAGAAUGAUACUUGAGCUUCUCAAGCGUGAUGAAUGGGUGGAUGAGUGGAUGAAUGAGUGGAGUGAGGAGAUUCUGGACUCGUUCUGGAUGAUGCGAAAAGGGCUGUCGAUGAGAAAGGGAAAGGAAUUGGGAAAGUCUACAAAGCCCAUCACGAAGCUGUGUGAUUGCAGAAGCAUCACUACUUUCCAGGAUUUAGGUGCAUGGUACGACUGGCAAUGUAAGGCCGUGGUUAGAGAUAUGAAUAGGCGUUAGAAGAACAGAAGGGUGCUGGGUAUCGCUUUUAGGUCACUUUUCAACACGAAAUUUU